UUCCAACCUAUCAGCGCCACUUGAUAUUCGUUCUCCGAAGGGGCGUGGCCUUGCCUAGGCCCGUUUCCUUGGCGACGGCGCCUCAACCGGAAGCAAGGCCCAAAAGCACCGGAAGUGUCCCUAAAGAGCGCCUGAGGAGGGAAAAUAGGAAGGAUGGAGCGCCGGUUCCCUGCGGCGGCGGCCCUCACGGUGCUCCUGUCGCUGCUGGCCUCCCUCCCGAGGCUGCUGCGGUGGAGGCCUCGAGGAGGAGGAGGAGGAAGAGAAGGAGGAGAGGCCGAGUCCUCGCCGCUUUCUCUGGCGCCAGAGGCCCUGAGCGGCCUACAAGUUUACCGGCUGGUGACCUAUAUAUUUGUCUAUGAUGACCCCCUUUCCUGGCUAUGUGGCGCAAUCGUCGUCUGGUACUUUGCCGGUAGCUUCGAGAAGUCGGUAGGCACAGCAAAACACAUCCUCCUCACCAUGGCCUUUGCCAUUGCCGCAGCCCUGCUCUACCUCUUGCUCUCACCCGCCUUGACCAAUUUUUUGGAGGCGGCAGAUGCCACGGGGUUUGCACCUGUGGCUUUCGCCAUGCUAACAGCCUCCAUCGCCCGCUCCCCAUUGAGAAACAUGCUACUUUUGGGGUUCAACAUCCGCGUGUGCCUCGUCCCCUGGCUCCUGCUCGGCGUGGCCUGGUUUGCUCUGAUCUCUCCCUUCCUGGCAAACCUUUGCGGCAUCUUGAUUGGGAACCUCUACGGUUAUGGCUUCUGCUCCCAAGUGGAUCUCCCCGAAUCAACUGCCUCUCGCCUGGAUCAGAAGAUCCCUUUCCGACUGCUGAAGAGAAUCCCAGUCCUCCAGUACGUUCCAGGGUCUCUAGCGGAAAGAAGAGCCUCCCAGACCCGGAAGAUAAACCCAGUGCCUGGCUCUUACCCGACGCAGAGCUACCAGCCCCCCCCUCCUCCUGCCUUCUUUGCCCCCCCUCCGCAGCACCCCAACGCACACCCCUUGACUUCAGGGCUCCCGAUCCCACCGGGUCCUUCCCAGUUUCCAAAUUCGAGUGCCUUUGGAGCGCCAGUUGCCCAGAACCAUUUCCACACUCCACCGGGAUCCUUCUCCUCUUCUCCGCACCUGGGUGGGUCAGACUUAUGGCCGUCUGCGGGGAGAGGCGGCUCCAGCGCCCACCAGGCCCAGGAAUUGCCAGAGUCUUGCCGGGUUCACGUUGGUUGAUCUGUGGGAAGCUCAACUCCUUAGGUCGUGCUGGAAUUUAGAUGAGGACGUCCUCUGAAACGGAUUCUGAAAAGGCUUCAAGGUGCUAAACGGCUUGGGUCCGACACCCCCGAGAAGCCAGACCCUCUUCUACACUCGUUGGCUUCUCAUGUGGAUGAUUUCCCUCAAUUUUUUCCCUCUCUGUCCUGUUUGGGAAACCUAAAGCCCAAGUAUGGGGUCUCUGCUGCCUUCUUACCAAAGCUCACACUGGGAAAUUUUAUAUCUGUUUAAAUUUCUGAUCAGGUGAUUAAUACAUUCAAUUUUUUUUAUAUCUGUUUGAAUUUCUGAUCAGGUGAUUAAUACAUUCAAUUUUUACUGUGCUUUUUUUAUAUGUGUAUGUUUUGAUUUUUUUAAAAAACCUACUGUGAAAUCCAUAA